ACAGUCAUCCAUACAUCUUUGUGUGAACAUAUGUUUUCAUUUCCCUUGGGUAAAUAUCAAAAAUACAAUUGCUGGAUCACUUGUUUAAAAGAAACUACCAAAAUUUUCCACAGUGGCUGUACCAUUUUAUACUCCUGCCUACUACAUAUGUCUAUAUCCCCAGCAAUACUUAGAAUUGACACUGGUAUGUAACAGACUGUCAUUGUAGUUUAAAUCUACAAUCCCCUGACAACUACUGAUGUUGAGUGUCUUUCUAUCCAGUUACCUUCUUUUAUGAUGUUAUGUCUUCGAAUCUUUAAGGGCCUUGGCUUUCAAAUACUGAAAGUAUAUGGUACUUUAAACCCUAAAAACAACAGAAACCUCUUCAACUAUGUGUGUGUGGGGGGAGGGGGGGUGGUUAAGUUUGUUUAUUUGUUUGUUUGUUUUGAGAGAGAGCUCAUGAGAGCACAUGGAAGGGGCAGAGAGAGAGGGAGAAAGAAUCCCAAGCAGGCUCCACACUGUCAGCACAGAGCCUGAUGCAGGGCUCAAUCUCACAAACCGGGAGCCAAAAUCAAGAGUUGGAGGCUUAAAUGACUGAGCCACCAAGGUGCCCCAUUUGUGUGGUUUUAAUAGUGGAAGAAUAAGAGAAACAUCUCACUAAAAAAUGCAAGUUUAAGAUUUAAUUAUUUUUUAAAGUCCUGGUAAGCAAUUAUUUAAAUAGCAGGAUAUAUUUAGAAGAGAUGUCAGAUGUAUGUAUGUAUGUAUUUAUGUAUUUAUUUAUUUUUUUUAAUGAAUCUUGGGGCACCUGGGUGGCUGAGUCUGUUAAGUGUCUGACUUCAGCUCAGGUCAUGAUCUCACAAUUCGUGAGUUUGAGCCCUGUGUCAGGGCUCUGUGCUGACAGCUCAGAACCUGGAGCCUGCUUCAGAUUCUCUGUCUCCCUCUCUCUCUGUCCCUUCCCAACUCAUGCUCUGUCUCUCUCUCAAAAAUAAAGAUGAAAAAAAAAAAACAAUAAAAAAUGAAUCUUGAGAAAAGGAUGAGAUAUUUCUAAACAACUACAGCAAAACAGCUAUUCUGAAAUGCCUGGUGGUGAAAGUUCUUCCUGUACUACUGUGUAUAAGAGAACAAGGCCGAGCAUUUAAGGUGCUCUGCAGCCAACAGAUACCCUGUUUUUCCUUAUGUUAAAUACGGCAUCUGGCUGAUGAGCAGGGUGGUGAGGCCGCCGAGUGAGGCAGAGGUGCCGACCUGGGAAACCGAGGACGAUGACAUGGCAGAAGGCGACUUAGGGUAUGGCCUCGGGAGAAGGCCCAGCAGUAUUUAUGAAGUGCAAGUUUCACAUCUGUCUACAUCUAGAAAAAGAUCGGAUGGAAAGAACUUUAGCCCUCCCCCCUUUCCAGGAAUGAGGGAAGAAAGAAGUGGUGCCAUUUUUCAGUAUUCCAGGCAUAAGAGCUCCCAAGAUACACACCCUGAAGAGUCCAGCACUUCCCACCACAGAAGACAAAGUAGCACUGAUUCUAAUUCAGAAUUGUCAAAUGUCAAAUUAAAGCAACGUCUUCAUGAUGCUUUAGAGGAGGUAGAAAUUUUAAAAACUGAACUUGAGGCAUCUCAGAGACAACUUGAGGGUAAAGAAGAAGCACUGAAAAUUCUUCAAAGCAUGGCAAUAUUUGGCAAAGCCACAAGUCAUACUCAAGUGAUGCUUCAAAAAACUAUGGAACAAAAGAGAUCCUUGGAGAAGGAAAUAAAUGCCUUGCAAUGGGAAAUAGAAUUUGAUCAGAAUAGAUUUAAAAAUAUAGAAGAAUCAUGGACUCAAAAAUAUGACAGGCUAAACUGUGAAAAUGCAGUCCUCAAGGAAACUCUGAAUGUGAAAACAGAAGAAAUUAAAAUGCUGAAGUCGGAAAAUGCACUUUUAAAUCGACAGUAUUUGGAGGCCCUCGCCAUGCUGGAGAUCAAACAGCAGAUGGCAGCUCAGGAACACAAGUGCCGUGAUAAAUGUGGUUUUACAGAGGUUUCAGGUCUUGAGCUUGCUGUCCUCAGAGCCUGCCUUUGCCAUGGUCCCGGAGGGAGUCCCUGUGCUUGUGCCAAAAUGGCGGCAUCGGCUCGGAAAAUGCUUCUUAAGCUCAAACAGGAGUUGGGACUUUUGCAGAAGAGUAAAGAAGAAGCUUACAUAAUGGCAGAUGCAUUCAGAAUUGCAUUUGAGCAACAAUUAAUGAGGAAAAAUGACCAGGCACUAAGAUUGACACAAAUGGAUAAAAUGUGUAAAAAAGCAACAAAAUGGAUAAAUUGGAAGCACCUUAAGGAGGAUGUUUUAGGAUUACCAUCACAAGGAAGUAAGAAGACCUUAGGGCAGAAACUGCUGGGUAUGCUCGCUUCAGAAAACAGUUCUAAGAAGACUGAAGACCAGGAUAAUCCUCAGGAAGUCUUUAAGAUGCUAACAGAGUUGUUGAAUGACAAAGAAGAAGCUUUGGCUCAUCAAAGAAAAGUUAGUUACAUGCUUGCUCGGGCAUUAGAAGAGAAAGACACCACCUCAAAUGACAAUAAGGAAAAAAAUCUUGUGAAAGACAAUUUUUCAUUAAAAAAUGCAUGGGGGAAAGCUUCAGAAUUCCCUGUACUGCAUGAUCCUGUGUUUUCAAGUGUUCACAUUUUAAGUUCUGCGGGCUGUCUUUGUUCAAUCCAGCACCCUCACAGAGAUCAGCACUGCACAAGAACUCUCAAAAGAUCCUGUUCUUUGCCAUCAAAUAUCAUGUUUUGAAGAUAAAUCAGUUGAAAUCAGACCUGAGAACUGUUUAUAUUAUGACACUUUAAAAAAGGACUGUACAAAUGUUGCUACAUCUUCAGAAGUUGUAUGUUGUAUGGGUAUUUCUAAGUUUUAGAAGGUAGCUUAAAUACUCAAAUGUUUUCUACAGGAAAUUUAUUAAUAUUCUGUGUUGAUGGAUUUUAUAAAUUACAUUAGUAUGCUUUAUUAAAUUUUCAGUAUUUGCCAACAUCUUAAAAAGAAAGUGAUUUCUGAGAAAAAAAAGUUAUUAAACUAUUUUGAUUGACUAAAGGGAUCUUUGGCUUAAGCAACAAUAUAAAUUAAUGCUCUAAGAAAUAACAAUGCCUAGGAGUGGCUGCAUGAUAAUUUUUGUAAUACAUGUAUCUUGUUUUAUUGCUAUUUUUCAGAAUUUUCAUUUGCCAGAGAAAGGUUACAACUAAUAAUUUCCUUAAGUUAACUUCAAUAAAAAAGUUAUCAUGGUGGGACUUUGGCAGAAGUAUAUUCAAAGCAUUGCUAGUUACCUUUAUAGCUUCUUUUUUUGUUGGUGUGAUGACACUUUGGAGCCAGAACUGUGCAGAAUUCUAGCACUCACACCAUUCUUUGGUUUUGAUGCUGAAUUUUAAGGUAUUGCGUAAAAUCUUUAAUACCUUCUGGGAAUGUUGCUAUAUUAGUAAUAUCACAGUUAUGCCAAAGGAAAUGCAUUACACUGUCAGAAGUUUUAGAAGUUUUGUAAAACUUUAGUUAUGAUCUCUAGUAAAAAAAAAAAAAAAAAAAGAUAUAUGGCUACAUUGAAUACUACUUAUAGAUGAGGUAACAACAGGGUAAAAUGAAGUAACAAUAUAAAAUAGAAACCAUUUAUAGUUGUGUUAAAGCAAGAACAUUUAGUUGGCUUUAAUAAAUAUUAAUAAAAGAUGAACUAUGGCAAAUAAAUUUUGAAAAAAGGAGUAAUGAUGAGGAACUACUGUUACUAGACAUUAAAUUGCAUCGUCCUGGUAGUAAUAUAAAGCUACAUUAUUUAAAAUAGUGUGGUACCAACAGGUCAAUGGAAUAUGAUAAAGAAUAUACACAGAACUAAUACAUAUAAUAACUUAAUAUGAAAUAAAAGGUAAGGAAAGCAAAGAUUUGGGCAUGUUCAAUAAUAUCUAAGUGUAAAAAACAGUAAAAGCUAGAAAUGUUCUUUUUUAA